GGCACUGGACGCUACGGGAUAUCCAGAAUCAAAAAAGUCUCGAAGAACGCUCUCAAAAUCUCCACCAACAACAACUGAGUCUGCCAUAUGCCAACGAUGGCCUUAUCAUCAGCAUCAGCGGCGGCGGCGAAAGCAGCAAACAUAAUGCUCCCAAACUCCUCCCCUUAUAGUAUUACUUGCGGUUUUAAACAAUCCCAAUAUCGCAGUAGGACUGCUCCUGCUCCUUUUCCGAUUGGCCGCCCCCUGCGGUUCGGUGACUUCUUCUCUGAUUCUCAAAUUAGUCUGGUCCACAAAUGCACAACAACAACUGCAGCACCAACAACAAAUUCUUCUCAUCUUUCAACAAUUACAGCUCAGGGUUCCGUAGGUACAAAAAGUAGAAGUUAUAGGAGGAGGUCUCCCCUCCUUCCGCAAAAUCUCCUCCCCACUGCCCUAAAAAAUAAUAAAGGACAGGCAAUGUUGAAGAUGGGCAUUCGUGGUGUUACGGUUUCUGAUGUGCAAGGCUUUGGUGCUCAGGGUGGCUUGACAGAAAGGCAAGCUGGCUCUGAGUUUUCUGAAGAUAAAUUUGUAGCAAAAGUUAAGAUGGAGAUUGUUGUUGGCAAGAACCAGGUUGAAGCAGUCAUAGAAAAGAUAAUUGAAGAGGCAAGAACUGGGGAAAUUGGUGAUGGCAAGAUUUUUGGCUACGUCAUUACUGCACAUUGUACCAGAAAGCUAGGUGGUUUUAACUUAUCAAGGGUUGCAUUGACUUUUGAGGUAAAGCAUGAAAGGAUCUUCGUGCAGAGAGAAAUUAAGACAGAUGGCUUCCAUUUAACCAACAUUGAUAAAAGAAUGACUGCAUCUUGCUUGUCCACCUUUGUAUCAUGAUGCAAUCUACCUUAGCCGAAUGAAAUUGUAGAAGCACAAGUUGGGGAAGCAAAGUCAGAAAGGCUUGUAUGUUGCCUUGGAGAGUAUUUGUAACUAAACACCCGGAAAUCAAGGACCAUAAGGAUUGUGUUCUCUUAACAACUGUGUGUUAAUGUUUGAUUAGAAAAAAAAGAAAAAAAUUUUAAAAAAA